AAGGGAGAAGAGGCUGCCAAGCGUUGCUCUCACUCUCACACGGCUCUCACUCACUCUGUCCCGCUGCAACAGGGAGCCGCCAUGGCCAUCGACGCCAACUGCCGCCGCCUGCAGGCCUCGCUUCGAUCCAGCCGCCCAAGACCUCUCCACGCCAGUUCCAUCCUAUCCUCCCCGGCCACCGCAGCUCGCCGCCUCGCCUGCCGGAGCCCCGCGUCCCAGCCGCCGUCACCCGAGCUUGGCCAUGGCGCCGCCAACAGGAGCUCCGCCCGCCUCCGGCCAUGUCCUCGGCCGGCUCCUACAGCCCAGCGCCCGUCUCGGCCUCCUCCACACCGAGCAGCAGCUCGUCGGAGCACGAGCUCCACCGGCUCCCGCCGCCGCCCUGCUCCGUUCAUCGCCUUCUCCGCCAGAUCCGGCGAGGCCCUGCGUUCCCAGCCUCGUCCCCGCCUCCAGGUCGCGGCGCCGUACCACCGGAGACCAGCAGCGCUGUCGCACUCCGUGUCCUAUCCCUGCUCCCGUAUGUGCGCACCAGCACCGAGUCGGCUUUCUGGUGAGACCCCAGUCCUGCCUCAGCCACUACGCCUGAAGCCGCCCCGCCGCAGCGCGCUCCCUCGCAUGCAGCCGACGCACCGCGACGCCUCGCCCCAACAAGCACGCCGGCCGCCUUAGCUUCCUCCGUCGCGACGCCUCGGCGCACGAAGGUGCCUCGCCAAGCAGAGUGAGGAGUUGCGGGCUAGGCUAGCCUGCCGCAAGCGCGCCCGCGAGCUCACCCCCGUGCCGGCCAAGGCCACCUUCAGGCCUUCGGCGACUCCCUGUCCGCCGCGCCCUCGAACGCCCGCCACGACGCCGCGCCCCAUUACUGGCCUCGGGCGGCGUGGAUGCCGGCGGCAAGAGGAGGCGCGUGCCAGGCGGUGGAGGACGGCGCGCGGGCGUCAGCGACAAGCGGCGUGCCCGGCGGUGGAGUAUGGCAAUGGAUAAGCGGCGGCGGAGAACGGCAAUGGACGCAGGGGCUUUUUGCAAAAUCCAACAGUUUUCUCCUAGAACACAUUAAAAUAGGACUGCGGGUUAAUUUCUUGUAAACCAAGAGGCUUUUAUGCAAAAUCGCCAGCGACGACGGACGACAGUGACCC